CCAGGUGCUGCAUUGCUUGUGAGGGGUUUGAUAAUAGUUUUUAACAUCCUGUGAGGACAUGACUGGUCUGAGGUGCACUCUGGGUCUUCUGGCUCUCAUGGUUGUUUUCAUCACAGCUGAAGAGAAGAGGGCUAAAUCUGCAUCUGAAAGGAUUGAGGAAGUCAACAGGAACAUUGUCAGAGCUCCUGAUGGGCUCCUCAUCCAGGACGACAUGAUCUAUGAGUCUGAGAGUGGGAGGAACGCCGACCCAUGCACCUCCUACAACUGCAAGUGGGACCAGGCCAGUGACGGGAUGGUCUACGUCCCGUUCAUCAUUGCAGACCACUACACCUCCAGGGAGCGGGCCGUCAUCGAACGUGGCCUUCAGUCCUUCCACAGUGUCUCCUGCAUCAGAUUCAUCCCUCGCACCGGCGAAAGCGACUUCAUUCACAUCCAGUCUCUGGACGGGUGCUAUUCGUACGUGGGCCGUCGCUUCAAUGAGCAGGCUCUGUCCCUGAAGCGUCAGGGCUGUCUGUACCAUGACGUGGUGCAGCACGAGCUGCUUCACGCUCUGGGCUUCAAACAUGAGCAGUGCCGCUCCGACCGAGACCAACACAUUCGUAUCCUGUGGGAGAACGUCAUACCUGGCUGGGAGUACGCCUUCGACAAGAUCAAUACUCUGAAUCAGGGAACUGCCUACGACUACAACUCUGUCAUGCAGUACAGCAGGUACGCCUUCUCCAAGAACAACCAGCCCACCAUGGUGCCGAUACCCGACCCCAGUGUUGACUUUGGCAUGGCCACUGAGAUGAGCCAGACCGACCUCACCAGGCUCAACAGACUGUACAACUGCAGAUAAACCAGAUCGGCCCAACAUAAGAGUUCAACAACCAACAGCUGCCCUUCUGUGAAAGCUGCGCCCCCAAGCAUGAAAUGCAAGCUACAGUUCUCUACAAUUACUGAACCUUCAUUCAGUUUGAAUAGAAAUGGUUUAAAAUACAGCUGGGCCUCCACAGGGAGACGCUGUGCUUCAAUAAA